AUGGAUGUUUUAGAAUUAAUUAGAAGCAGUACAGAUGUUGUUUGUCAACAAUCAAAACAUGUAAAGAUCAACGAUGCAAAUCUGACAAAAGAGUGUCAUGAAUUCGUAACGCAACACAAGAUCAAAGCACACAAAGAGAUUUGGGCAGACAAUGACUUUCAUUUUUGUGAUGUCGACAGAACACAACCUGCAGGUCACCCAACCUAUCAAUCAGAGUUGACUGCCAAGUUUAUUAUCGUUUUAGAUUGUUUGAAUCACUGUUUCUGGCCAGACGAAUCGUUGGAGUAUCACCAUCUUGGAAAUGGUUUGAAGCGAACACUACUCGCCGACUCCAAGGCAUUCGAUGCCGAUCGUCUCAUCACCGUUACACCAGAGAUAUUGAAGCAAUGGUUCGACAGAGAGCUACCAAACGCUGAAGAAAGAUGUCGUCUCCUCCAAGAAGUUGGACACGCACUCAUUGAGCACUUUAACGGUAGCAUUCGUGAAUUGAUUCUCUCUGCAAAAAACAGUGCAUCUAAAUUGGUUGAUAUUGUAACAAGAUAUUUCUGGGGAUUCAGAGAUAGUACUGUAUAUAAAGGAAGACAAGUAUUCUUGUAUAAGAGAGCACAGAUUUUUGUAGGUGAUUUAUGGGGUGCAUACGAAGGAAAAGGUCUUGGUCAUUUCAACGACAUCGAACGUUUGACAAUGUUUGCCGACUAUCGUGUACCACAAAUUCUGAGGGAAAUGGGUAUCUUGGAGUACAGCGAAGAACUCUCAAAGUUGGUCGACAACAAACAAGAGAUUCCAGUUGGUUCCGAGAUGGAGGUUGAAAUUAGAGCAGUCACCGUUCAAGCUGUCGAGAAAAUGAGAGAUGUAUUCAACGCCAAUCAAUGUAACCUUUUAGCUUUGGAGAUCGAUUGGAUGCUUUGGGGUAGAGGUGAAGCAAUGUUGGAUAGAUUACCACCACACCACCGUACUUUUACCAUAUUUUAUUAA